UGUUUUCGGAAACACUAAAAACCAAAAACAAAAAUAUAAAUACCAAACCUCAAACCCCUUCUUCCCUUUCUCCUUCGGCUCAUCUCUCUCUCUCAUCUUCAAUGGAAGACGACGACGACUUCGGGGAUCUUUACACCGACGUUCUCCAGAAGUUCUCAGUUCCGCAGCCUCAUGGUAACUCUCCCACGCCCGCGCCAGCUCCUGGUCCGGCUCCCUCUCCCUCUCCCGCUCCCGCUCCCACUCCCGCUCCCGCUCCCGCUCCCGCCUCUGUUCCCCGUCAAAUGGAUCUCAACUGGAAAUCUGAUCCUAAAUCAGUCGCUUCUUACCUUAAUUCCACUCCAAAUGAUUCAUCCACAUCGCGGCCGCUGUUCCAGGAGAGGUACGCGCCUUCACGCGCGGGGGAUGUGGACGGUGUUGGUAAAGGCGGUGAAUUGGCUGAGAACGAUGUGAAAUUUGAUAUUGAGGAUGGAAAUAAUGGGGUUUUGAACGAUGACGUGGCGGUGAUCCCCGGGAUUGGGAGCGAGUUUGUUGUGAAGGCGGAGAAGAACGAGAGGAGGGGCGGGACGGGGAGCGGAAACGACGUAGCGGCGGGAGAGGAAGAAGAAGAUUGGGAUAGUGACAGUGAUGACGAUUUGCAGAUUGUGUUGAAUGAUGAGAAUCACCGGCCUGUGGUGAUCAAUGAAGGUGGUGGUGGUGGUGGUGGUGAUGACGACGACGACGAGGAUGGGGACCCACUGGUGAUAGUUGCUGACGUGGACGCGAAUAAUCAGGGUUUGUUGAUGGAGGAGCAAGAUUGGGCAGGACCAGAAUCAGGUGGAGAUGAAGCGGCUGCGGCUGGUAGUGUUGCUGAGGGAGGAGUGGAGAAGGAGGGUCUAGAUAGAGUGAAUGGUGGUGCGGCGGGGGGUGUGGCUGCAGCCGCUGCAAAGAUUGGGUACAGCAAUCAUUAUGGGUAUCAUAAUCCGUAUCAUUCUCAGUUUAAGUAUGUUAGACCAGGUGCAGCCCCAAUACCUGGACCAACUACUGUUGGUUCUGGUGUAGCCCCAGGUCAAGUUCGUCCUCUUAUCAACAUGGGUCCCAUUGCUGGCCGUGGUAGAGGGGACUGGCGACCAACUGGAUUGAAAAAUGCUCCUCCAAUGCAGAGAGGUUUUCCUGGAAUGCCUGGCCCUGGUAACAAUACGGCUGGACGCGGUUUCGGAGUUGGACUGGAAUUCACACUUCCUUCUCACAAGACUAUAUUUGAUGUUGACAUUGAUGGUUUUGAAGAUAAACCGUGGAAAUACCCUGGUGUUGAUGUAUCAGACUUCUUCAAUUUUGGUUUGACUGAGGAGAGCUGGAAGGAUUAUUGCAAACAGCUGGAACAACACCGCUUAGAGACUACCAUGCAAAGCAAAAUUCGUGUUUAUGAAAGUGGACGAACAGAUCAGGAGUACGAUCCAGAUUUGCCUCCAGAAUUAGCAGCAGCAACUGGUAUUAUAGAUGUUGCAGCUGAUAAUGCAAAUGUUAGAAAAUCAGAUGUUGGACAAAGUGAUUUAGCGAAAGGACCUGCUCGUGUGCGACCUCCAAUGCCAACUGGGAGAGCAAUACAGGUGGAAGGUGGUUAUGGUGAACGUCUCCCCUCUAUUGACACUCGUCCACCUCGUAUCCGUGAUUCAGAUGCAAUCAUUGAGAUUGUCUGCCAGGACUCUGUAGAUGAUGAGUCAUCUGUAGGUGAUGGUGACCAAGAAAAUGAUCUUGCAAGAGAGGAUCUUAGAGGAGGAAGCCAUGCAGCUGAAGAUGAGAUGGGGCCCGUGGACAACAAAUACUUUGAUGAUUUCCCAGGGGCUCUUGAUAGUUGCAAGAGGGAGUUGGUUGAAUGUAGGGCACCAUUUGUAAAUUCUCAUCAAAAUAAUAUGCCUGAAGGAGAGGAGAUAUUGCCGUUCCCUCCUGAAACAUCGAAGCAGUAUCAUCCUGGUUCCAGGGGGCAGACUUCUAAGUAUCCUGGAGAAAAUGCUGGAACAUCUCACAAUGAGAGGCAGAUACAGGGAAGAACACAUGAUAGAUCUCCUCAUUUGACUCCUAGUCGAAGCCCACAGGGUAAGAGUUUCCAUGAUAAUCAAGAUGAAGAAUCAGUUGAAAGCAUUCAGGGUAAGCAUAGUCCAUCAUCUUCUCUUGCUGUGGCGAGGGAUGCCAGGGAAUUGAGUGUUGAGAAUAAUGAUAUGCAUGAUGAGCUUGUGCCAGGGGAUGGAAGCUCUGCAAUGGACAAAGAGGAAACAAAUACAAUAAGUGCAAGUGAUACCCAUAAAGAUGGGAAUUCACUUUGUUCUAUGAAGAAACAAAAAUUAGGCUCACAAAUUGGACAACCAGAUCUAGAAUUUGAUGAUGAGGAGGAUUCUAGGGCUGCAAGGAGUAGUGAAAACAGUAAAGCAAGAUCUGGCAGUAGCCGAGAUAAUAAGAAGUGGCGUGAUGGUGCUGAGGACGAAGUUAUGCAAGAUAGUCGUUCUACACGCAUAGGGAAUGUAAAAAAGCACCUUGAGGAAAAUGAACAGAUUUUCCAAAGAAAAGAUAAGGAAGGGAGACAAGAUAUUGAAAGAAAUCGCAUGGCUGUGAAGGAGAGGGAGGGUUCCUAUUCUAACAAAGAUUUGGAUCCCAGCAUGGUUCAUCAUGUGCAUAUGAAAGCUGAGGGUUUUGAUCGGCGAAAGGAGCGGGAAAAUCCUGAUGCAGUUUGGCAAAGGAGAGAUGAUGAUCCUUUUAGCAGAAAAAAUAGAACUGAAGACUCUAGGAAGAGGGAGCGUGAGCAUGGUGAUGACAUGGGACCAAGGCAUAGGAGUAAGGCUCGGGAUAGCGAGAGAAGUGACAAAGAUGAAUAUCAUUUUUCAAGAAAACAAUUGGAUAAUGGCAGCUAUAGGGUUCAUUAUGACAAGGAUCCUAGCUCGCGACACAGUGAGAGAGAUGAUAAUUUGAAGGGUAGGUAUGAAAUGGUGGAAGAUUACAUAAGCAAGAGAAGAAAAGAUGAUGAAUAUUUAAGGAGGGACUAUGCUGACAAAGAUGAAAACUUGCAUGGCCCCCGAGAUAUCACUAGUCACCGAAAGCGAGAAAGGGAUGAUAUUUUGGAGCUGCGGAAGAGAGAUGACCAACAACGAAUUAGAGAGAAUUUUGAUGACCACCAUGCUGUUAGACACAAAGAUGAGGUCUGGCUGCAGAGAGAAAGGAGGGAGAGGCAGAGGGAGAGGGAAAGGGAAGAAUGGCAUAGGCUAAAACCCCAUGAGGAACUUCUUCCAAAGAGCAAAAGAGAAGAUGGACGGCGUGGUGUAAGGAUUGGGCGUAAUUCAGAAGACAAGGCAUGGGCUGGUCAUGCUAGGAUGAAGGAUGACUACAAGGGUUCUGAUAAAGAGUACCAACUCAAAGACUCUGCUCGUCAGAGUGAACUGAAGAGAAGGGAGCGAAUUGAGGAUGAAAAUUUCUCAAACCAUCGAGGACGUGAGGAUGUUUAUGCACGGGGAAAUCAAUUUAUCAAUGAGGAGAAAAAAUUGAGGCAGGAAAGAUCGGCUUCUCAUAAUGAUCGUGCUGUUAAUUCUUCUGAUAACUCUAGGGUGACUGAGAAAAAACAUAAAGAAAGCACAAGGAAAAAUAAGGAAUCUGAAGGUGGGGGUCACAACAGUUCGGCUGCUUCCAGGAGAAAUCAAGAAGACCAAAGUGGUCAUAGUAGUGAGAUGGGUUUGAAGGUUGCCUUCAAUCAAGGAAACGGUGAGAAAGAGAAACCAGUUCACCACAACUCUUCCAGAAAACAGAAGGAAGAAGCUUCCUCAGAUGAUGAACGGCUAGAUUCAAGGAGAGGGCGCUCGAAACUGGAACGUUGGACUAGCCAUAAGGAGAGGGAUUUCAGUAUCAACAGCAAGUCAUCAGCUUCUUUGAAGUUUAAUGAUAUUGAUAGGAAUAAAAAUGGUGUAUCUUUAGAAACAAGCAAAUGUACCGAGGAAUCUGCUACAGCACUUGAACCCGUAAGUAAGCAACAUUCCUUGGCUGAUAAAAAAGAUAUUGCUGAUCCAGAGACCAAGGGUGUCGACACAAAACUGUUGGAUGAUCGUCACCUUGAUACUUUUGAGAAGCUGAAGAAGCGAAGUGAGCGAUUCAAACUCCCAAUGCCAAGUGAGAAGGAUGCUGUGGCACUAAAGAAGGAGAGUGAGACACUACCCUCUGCAAAACCUGAGAAUCAGACUCCUGCUGAUUCAGAAAUUAAACCAGAGCGCCCAGCUCGGAAACGAAGGUGGAUCAGCAACUAAUUGUGUAAGCAAGAAAUGCAGUUCAUCGGGUUUUGUUGAUUUCCCCAUUAUGAAAGAAUCCCUCCCUGAUUUCUUGUUAUGUAACCCUGAAGGUCCAAUUGCGCCUUGAUGUCAUAAAAUGGCGUCGCUAGGGUUCUUGGGAUCACCAUGUACCUCAGCUAUAGAAUUAUGUUCAUGUAACGCCGCCAGCAACUGUAUACUUUUUUAUAUUAUGUGUAUAUACACUAGUGAAUGUAUUACUGAACUGGUCACUAAUGGUGGCACAGAAUUGCAUUUAGAGUCAAUUUGAAUUGUAUUGCUCAGAUUCAA